AUGUGUGUGCCCUCAGCCCUGGUAACACCCAGUGCCAGGUACCACGACACCAGCUAUAAGGAGGAGGAGGAAGAUGAAGAUGAGAAAGAUGAUAGCGAGACAACAGUGAUAGACGGUGAGGAGGAAUCAGAUGACAAAGCCAAGGAGACUGAACCCCAGCAGCAGAAGAAGCAGGCCUGGGCCCCCACUACCUACUCCACGUUUGGUAAAGAGGUGUUCUGCUACGUAGGAGAGGAGAUCAGCAUCUUGGAGGCCUUGGACUCUUACGGUGCUGUCAUCUGGCCAGCGGCGUUGGCUCUGUGUCACUACCUAGAGACCAACGUUGAGCAGUUGAACCUGGUGGACAAGGCAGUGCUGGAGCUAGGAGCAGGCCCUGGCCUAGUGUCUAUUGUAGCCACACUCCUAGGUGCCUGGGUCACAGCUACAGACCUACCAGAGAUCAUAGGUAACCUGAGAGCCAACCUGCUCCGUAACACAAGAGGGCGCUGUAGGUACACUCCCCAAGCUGCAGCUCUGUCCUGGGGUCCUGACGUGGAACGCACCUACCCCAGAACCGUCUAUCGCUAUGACUACGUGCUGGCGGCUGACGUGGUGUAUCACCAUGACUACCUGGAAGAGCUGCUGUUCACCAUGAGAUACUUCUGCCGUCCAGGAACCACUCUGAUCUGGGCCAACAAGGUCCGUUUUCCCACAGACCUGGUGUUCACUGAGGACUUCAAGAACACCUUCAACACCACCCUGCUGGCUGAGAUGGGAGAGGUUAAGAUCUUCAUGGCCACAUGCAGAGAGACAGAGGAACACCUUAAACACCACCCUGCUGGCUGA